CCAGCCAGACUCUGCUUGGAGGAGCGUCCUUGCGGCACCCACCCUUCCCUCCCCGAGCAGCUCGGGCUCACAGGUGCCCCAACAGCCCGGCAGGAUGGUGGCGUGCAGCCUCGCUUGCUGGCGGUGCCGUUGGCUCCUGCCCCUGCUGCUGGGCCUGGCCAUCAUCAUGGGUAUCAUCGCACUGGCAGGCCGGGGCUGGCUGGAGUCUGAGUCGGAGCCCUACGUGCACCAAGCGUCUCUGUGGGAGAGCUGCACGCGGGGCGAGCAGGACCUCAACUGGAACUGUGAAUCUCUCAUGGACUAUGGAUGGGGGAGAGCAGCAGCUGCUACAUACCUCGUUGGCUUUGUGAUCCUGGUCAUCUGUUUCGCCCUUGCAGUCAUCGCAUUCUCAAUUGAAAUACUUCGCUUCAACUUUGUGCGAGGAAUUGGAGGCUUGCUUUUUGUUGUUGCUGCAUUCCAAAUCAUAGGGCUGGUCAUCUAUCCAGUGAAAUUCACAGAAGAAAUUCCACUGAUGGGAGCUAAUAUGUUCAGCUGGGCCUACGGUUUCGGUUGGGCCAGCACUGUUGUUGUGAUAGGUUGUGCUUUCUUCUUCUGCUGCCUCCCCAACUGGGAAGAUGAAGUCCUGGGAAACAUCAAGCCGACAUACUACUACUCCUCCCCAGAUAGAGCACCAUACUUAAAUUGAAAAGUUAAAUCCAACAGCAAUCAACCGUCAAAGCAAUAGAAGAACACCUUUGCUGCAAAUGUUGGUGCAAUUAUGAGAGACUGAAAAAAAAACCAACUCAAAACCUUACCUUAUUUUUUCAGUAUAUUUCUUACAAGCACUGGUUAAAAAAAAAAAAUUAAAAACCAUUGGCAUCUGUAAGCAAAUAACUUUUACCUAAAGUAUUAUUUACAUAUUCUCAUGUCAGUUCUGUUCUGGUGGUUUACUUACUCCUUUCCCUCCCAACUGAGUCAUCCUUAUUUUAUUCAAAUAUAUCCUUACAAAUAAAGAUGUAGCUUUGCAAGCUGGAAAGGAGGAGAGAUUUUAAACAACCCACAGGGGGGACCUGCAAGUUAUUUUAUUUUUUUCACCUGUGACAAAAUGGCUUUACAUAGAAUUAGGAAAAAAUAAAAUCCUUCCAAAGAAAGCUUUUUCUUCUGCCAAAAAUCGGUCCAAAGGAAGGAACUUUGCUGAGUCUUUUACAGUCAUAUGCUGCCUAAGAAUCACUUCUUGUUCCUGUUACUGGACUAUUGUUGACUAUUAAAUGUAUGAACUGAGGGGAAAAUAAAAUUUAUUUUUUCCACCAUCUGUUGCAGUUAAAUGGAGCCAGUGUGUAUAACUGUGGCUAACAUACUGGAGUUUUUGUGGCCACUGCAAGACAUGCUACAAAGACAUAUGUAAUUAAAUAUACAUUGUCACAGAGAGAACAAAUAAAUCUUCAGAUGUUAAACUGUGUGCAUUAUUACGUGGUACUUGGGAGAUUCUUGUUUAAAAAACACUUUUCAGUAGAAACAUAUACUGUUCUUUAUGCCUGCCCUUUUAAAACUGCAAUUUUAAUUAUCAGACAUGGCUUGGAAGGAAAUCUUAGCACGUGCUGUUGAAAACCUCCAGAAGUUUCUAAAAUUGACUGAGGGGCCUGGGGACUUGUAAACCUGGGAAUGCUUUGCGAGUCGCUAGAGAUAACUGAUAUAAAUAGAAAAGCAGGCUGCAAGCAAUAUCUGUCUGAAAACUUUAUACAGACACGUUUUGGGGAGUAACCUGCUGCACUCCCAGCUUGUCUUUUUGGAGCCAGUGACUCCAAGUAAAUUUUCCAGUGAGACAGAGCCAUGGCUGCAUCUGCCAUGGACUGGCAGCAGCUUGUGGCAUAAUUAAUUGAGAUCUGUCAGGGCUUUCCUAGGCUGGGGAAGGCAGCAGUUCCUCUGCCAGCUGUGGGGGCAGAGAUAUGUUUCUGAGAAGGCUGUAAGUGCGGAGAAAGGUAAAUGCAAUGUUACAGGGCUGCUUUCCCCUUAUUGUAACCCCAGUACUUCAGAGAGAAUGUAUGGGUAUAUGUAUUCAUACACACAUACAAAAUAGAACUUAUGAAGUACUAAAUAUCCUGUAAAUGUAAACUAAUCCUGUAAAACUAAGUUGUUUAGAACUAAGCUUUUUCUAUGCUCUGUAUGUCUUGGUAUUAUACUUUGUUUAAUAUUCCACUUCAUAACACUUUUCUGAUUCCAUAACUCUGCAUUUUGUAUGUGUGUAUGUCUUAAGGUCCCCUGCAGGCCUGUAUUUUAUAAUUUCAUGGAGCAUAAAUACCUCCAGGCUUUAGAACUAUGUUAAAUGCUCAGUCAUGCACGGCACAUAGAAUCAACAGUGUUUGCAAUUCCUGCUGAACAAGAGAACCUGUAAGAAAUGUGUCUUUUUUGUUUCCUCCAACCUCCCCUCCCCCUGCUCUUUCUGUAAAUACAGGGGGGGUAUACUGGAUAGAUAUCUGUGUUACAAAUAAUAAUAAUAGCACCUUUCCAGUAAAUCCAAAACACUGAAGAGAAUCUCAGGCCUGGAAAGUCCUCGCACAGCUGAAGCUGAGGAGAAAAUGACAUAAGGAAAUGGACGCCCUAAUGAGAAGAACAAUUAUAUGGGAAUAGGGCUUAGCAUAAUCUCAGCCUUUUGCAUUUUUUUUUUUUUAAAGCAUUAAAAAAAAAAAAAGCACAAGUGUAAAAUAAACUUGGUUCUGAAUAUAGUGGGUGGAAGCAUAAGCAGCACGUUGUGCAAUUUAGAUGUAACUAAAGUGAUACUAAUGUAUGUGACAUUCCUUUCAACUGUUGUGGCUUAAUUAAAACUUUUAAUAUAUAGGUGUAAAAACUCA